CGGUCGCGAACUGAGGUCUCACAACCUUCGAGAGCACGACGCCUUCACCUUGCCGUGAAGGAAUAUUAUGGCAUUGGCGAGAUCUGCAAGUGGUCCUGGAGGAUUGAGUAUCAAUACUAGCUCCGCUAAUUCUUUAUUUGGAUCAGGCACAGCAGCAACUGCAGGAAUGUCUGGAACCACGCAAGCUAGCAAGCCGCUCUUUGGCGCAUCAACAACGACGACAGCUCCUCAAACAGGAGGCUUGUUCGGAUCAACCUCAGGGACAUCGAGCGGAGGCUUAUUUGGUUCUACUGCAACUACAUCUCAGCCACAGUCUGGAGGUUUGUUUGGUUCAGCUGCUGCAACUUCUCAACCUCAAACCGGUGGCUUGUUUGGAUCAACUGCAACUACAUCCCAACCUCAGACUGGAGGCUUGUUUGGCUCAGCUGGCGCGACUUCUCAGCCUCAAACUGGAGGACUAUUUGGUUCAACUACAGCAACUUCUCAACCCCAGACCGGAGGCUUAUUUGGAUCAGCCGCUGCAACAUCUCAACCUCAAACUGGAGGACUAUUCGGUUCAACUACAGCAACAUCUCAACCGCAGACUGGAGGCUUGUUUGGCUCAACAACGACAACGACAACAUCGCAACCCCAAACCGGAGGGUUAUUUGGCUCAACCACAACGACUUCACAGCCACAGACUGGAGGACUAUUUGGAUCCACUCAAACGACUGGUGGUGGCCUCUUCGGUGGGGGAAAUGCCCAGAACCAGAAUAAGCCUACCACAUCUUUAUUUGGCAGCGCCGCCGGAACAAACCAAAGUCAACAACCUCAACAAUCUUCCUUGUUCCCCUCACUCGGCCAAUCCCAGGCGCAAUCAGGUACUGGGCUCUCUGGCCUUGGUGGUGGCCUGACAAUGGGGCAAGCCAACCAACAAGCCCAAACAGUCCCAGGGGUAAAAAUUGAUAUAACCAAUCUACGUGGCACGACUCGCUUCAACGACCUUCACGAAGAGCUUCAAAAGCAGAUUGAACACAUGGAUAAUGUCAUUCAAGGCCAAAUCCAAUUAAAGAAUGAAUGCUAUGCUAUCAUGCCUUCGCACGACUCCCAACUCUCCAAUAUUCCCAUAGACGUGGAAUUCUGCAGGCGGAAACUGAUAGGGCUCGAAAGCGCCAUGGCCGCUGACGCAGAAGCCAUCGCUCACAUCCGCGAGUUCGUCAAGGCCGACGCUGAGAGCGCUAAGCUAAGCUUCCGAGCAAUCGACAACCUGAAACUACCACCUCAAUACCACGUCUCUGGCGUCUGGCCCUCCAAAUCCACAACCGGCGACAACCGAUCCCGGAGCAACAACGACGGCGAAGGCCAAGACCUCGUUGGCUUCUUCUCAUCCAACGCAGACGAGCUCGCCGCCACGCUUUCCAAGUACCAAAAACACAUCGGCGAGAUCGAACUACACCUGCGCUCCGUGGAAGAGUCCAGCGCCCAGCAGAUCAACGCCUUGAUCGCGCGGCGGAACGGCGGGUCCGGCGGCGACGACGACCAGCUCCGGCAGCUGGCGGCGGCGCUCGCGGAUUUCGAGCAGAGCAUCGUGCAUAUCGCGAGCAAGGUCGGUAAUCUGCGCGAGGGCGUUACGGCACUGCAGCAGUACGGUGCGUUUCGGGGGCCGGCGCAUGGCCGGUCGAUGAAUGGACAUAGGAGCGGGAUCUACUGAAUGUAUAUAUACAUGGCUGGACUGGAUGGAUGGAUACUACGAAUUGAGUACAGGAUGGAGUUCGGUGUUGGCUGCAUAAAGUUGGAGCAUCUGCGCAUAUCGCUGCAGCAUAGGGUGGGACCCCUGGAUGGAGAUACCAAUCAAUGAAAAAGUUCCUAGUUAAGUCGGUAAUGUCAUGAGAAUAGUUAUCCAUCUAUCGGGCGUUCAGCAAUCUUUGACUUGAUGGAAGCUAUGCUAUGCUACGCCUCCACUCUAUACUUUUGAAAUAAAAUAUCCCGCGGACCAAAAAACACCAGAAAGACCAUUCAUUCCAUGCGAAAACCCCCACCCAGAUUGUCUCCCUCAACACCAGCUACCG